AGUAGUAUAUUGAAAGCAGAUACUUACUGGUGCAGCGUAUUCAAAUUCGGCUACUUCAUAAAAAUGGCUAAAUAUCUCAUGCCACUGACCGCCUUAAUUGUAGCAUCUUACUGCUACGUAGACCCCAAGGAUUACGGACCGGCUUUAGCGAAAGAAGCGGCCAUAGUCCACCAAGAAUGCAGGAUUAUUUCAGGAGCGACCGAAGAAGAAAUCCUGCAAACUAGAAAGGGCGAUUUCAGCGGCGGUAUUAACAUUAAACGCUACAAUGCCUGUUUGUGGUUGCAUUUGCAAGUCGCCAAUACGUCGCUUCACAGCAACUUGGAGAAACUGAAGUCGCUGGAACCGCCUCAUUUGAAAGGAAAAGUGGCGCAUAUUUACGCGAAUUGCGCUGAAAAAAUCCGCCUAACCGAAGAAAAAGAUUUCGUGGAAAUGGCGUGGAAGUCGUCGAAAUGUUCGCAUGACGUCGAUCCUGAGAACUACAUCUUCCCUUGAAGAUACGGAACUUAAGAGUUAC